AGGGGAGGAGCACGGCGGCCGCCGCUGGCUCGGCGCGGUGGGGGGCGCACGGCCGGCGGGGCGCACGGAGCGCGGGGAGCGCACGGCCGGCGCGGCGCAAUCGGCGGCUGGCAGCCCUGCCGGGACCCGGUGGGCCCGGUGGUCGCGGCGGCCCGAGGCCCCGGGGGCGGCCAGGAGGCGCCAUGGGCCCCGGGGGCCCAGGCCUGCGGGCGCUGCUGCUGGUCCUGGGGGUCCUGUGGGCGGCCUGGGGCGCGCCCGGCGUCGGGGCCGCGCGGCUGCGGCAGUUCUUCGUGGCCGCCCAGCACCUGGGCUGGAGCUACCGGCCCGCCGAGCGCAGUUUGAAUUCUUCUGCAACUUUGUUUCAGAAAAUUGUCUACAGAGAGUAUGAUGCAUAUUUUCAAAAUGAAAAACCACAACCUAAAACUUCAGGACUUCUUGGGCCUACUCUAUAUGCUGAGGUUGGAGACACCAUGAAAGUUCAUUUUAAGAACAAGGCAAGCAAGCCCUUGAGCAUCCAUCCUCAAGGAAUCAAAUACAGUAAAUUUGCAGAAGGGGCUUCUUACCCCGACCGCACGUUCCCUGUGGAGAGGAUGGACGGUGCGGUAGCCCCCGGCCACGAGUACACCUACGAGUGGGUCAUCACCGAGGACAGCGGGCCCACCGACCAGGACCCCUCGUGCCUCACGCACAUCUACUACUCCUACGAAAACCUGAUACAGGACUUCAACUCUGGGCUGAUCGGACCUCUGCUUAUUUGUAAGAAAGGUACCCUCACUGAGGACGGCAUUCAGAAGAUGUUUGACAGGCAAUAUGUGCUGAUGUUCGCUGUGUUUGAUGAAAGCAAGAGCUGGAGGCGGCCAUCGUCACCGUCACCCUCCCUCAUGUACACCGUCAACGGCUACGUGAACGGCACGAUGCCAGAUAUUACGGUUUGUGCCUAUGACCAAGUCAGCUGGCAUCUGAUCGGGAUGAGCUCUGGGCCAGAACUCUUCUCCAUUCAUUUCAGUGGUCAAGUCUUGGAGCAGAACCACCAUAAGAUCUCCGCCGUCACCCUUGUCAGUGCCACGUCCACGACCGCGAACAUGACCGUGAGCCCGGAGGGCAGGUGGAGUGUGUCGUCCCUCAUCCCAAGGCACUUUCAAGCUGGGAUACAGGCUUACAUAGACAUUAAAAACUGUGCAAAGAAAACCAGAAAUCCGAAGACAUUAACUCGGGACCAGAGGCGGCACAUUAAGAGGUGGGAAUACUUCAUCGCUGCAGAGGAAGUCAUCUGGGAUUAUGCGCCUGUAAUACCAGCGAAUAUAGACAAAAAAUACAGAUCUCUGCAUUUGGAUAAUUUCUCAAACCAAAUUGGAAAACAUUAUAAGAAGGUUGUCUAUAAACAGUAUCAAGAUGAGUCCUUCACCAAACGCCUGGAGAAUUCCAAUACUGAAGAUGGGAUCUUGGGCCCCAUUAUCAGAGCCCAGGUCAGAGACACACUCAAAAUCGUGUUCAGAAACAUGGCCAGCCGCACGUACAGCAUCUACCCCCACGGAGUGACCUUCUCGCCUUAUGACGACGACGCCGACGCUCCCUCCGCCUCAGGCAACAGCACCAUGAUCAGGGCAGUGCGGCCGGGGGAAACCUACACGUACAAGUGGAACAUCCUGGAGUCGGACGAGCCCACGGAGAACGACGCCCAGUGCUUAACCAGGCCCUACUACAGCAACGUGGACGUCACCAGGGACACCGCCUCCGGGCUCAUCGGACUGCUGCUCAUUUGCAAGAGCAGAUCCCUGGAUAAGCGAGGCAUACAGAGGGCCGCGGACAUCGAGCAGCAGGCUGUGUUCGCUGUGUUUGACGAGAACAAGAGCUGGUACAUCGAGGACAACAUCAGCAAGUUCUGUGAGAACCCCGACGAGGUGAAACGUGACGACCCCAAAUUUUACGAAUCGAACAUCAUGAGCACUAUCAAUGGCUACGUGCCCGAGAGCAUAGCCACGCUGGGUUUCUGCUUCGAUGACACCGUGCAGUGGCACUUCUGCAGUGUGGGAACCCAGGACGACAUUCUGACCGUCCACUUCACGGGGCACUCGUUCAUCUACGGGAAGAGGCACGAGGACACCCUGGCCCUCUUCCCCAUGCGCGGGGAGUCGGUGACCGUCACCAUGGACAACGUCGGAACUUGGAUGCUAACUACCAUGAAUUCUAAUCCAAGAAGCAAAAAGCUAAGGCUGAGAUUCAGGGAUGUUAAGUGCAUCCGUGACGACGACGAUGACUCGUACGAGAUCAUAUAUGAGCCUGCAGCACCCACGGCUAUGACGACACGGAAAAUGCGUGAUUCUUCCGAAGACAGUGUAGGGGACGACGAGUACGAGUACCAGGACACGCUGGCCUCCUCACUGGGAAUCAGGUCCUUCAGAAACGCGUCGCUCAAUGGGGAGGAAGACGGGUUCAAUCUUACCGCCCUGGCUCUGGAGAGCGACCCCGAAUCCACCCCUGCAAGUGUCGCUGCCACUGUUGGUCCAAACUCUUCUUCCCUAAACAACACGAGCAGGCUUACCACCAACGACUUUGCAGAACCCAAGAAAACUCUUUCUCACCCCGAAGCCACCACAGCUGGUCCCCCACUGGGACAUGCUGGCUUAGACGAGAACUCAAUUCUCAACCCGUCCACAGCAGAGCAUUCCAGUCCCUAUUCUGAAGACCCUACAGAGGAUGCUACGCAGUCAGACGUCACAGCGGUACAUCUACUCCCGCUCCAUGCAGGACUCGGAAGUCAAGGACAGGCCACGCGUGAGGGAUUCAAGGGAGGACGAGACAGGGCAGCAAAGCACAGGUCCCCUCGGACGGACUCGCCAGCACGGCAAACCGGGAGGCGUUUCAGCCACGGCAAAUCUCCCCCUUCCAGAAUGGGGCCCUGGCAGCAUCCUCCCAGCAAUCCGUUACUCUUUAAACAAAAGACUCCAUCUAAGAUUUUGAAUGGGAAAUGGCAUUUGGUUUCUGAGAAAGGAAGUUAUGAAAUAAUCCAAGAUGCUGAUAGAGACAUGACUGUUCAUGAACUGAAUGGCACCCAGAACUCCUCAAGGACUUGGGGGGACAGCACCCCUCUUACAGACAGGCAUGGAGGGCAGAGCGGCCACCCGACAUUCUCUGGCAUUAGCCAGGAUGGAGGAAGUAGUCAAUUGAAUAAAAGCUCUUUUUUCAUUAGGACACGAAAAAAGAAAAAGGAGGAGAAGUUUGUACACCGUGGUUCUCUCUCUCCACGGGGCUUCCACCCCGUACGGGGACACAACACCGCGUUUUCAGACAGGAGACCAGGUCACUCCUCGUCGCUGCACAAUUCCAGUGGAGCUUCCCUUCCCACAGGCCUGGGUCGGACAUCCCCCUCUGUGGCUCCCCCUGUGACGGCCUCGCUUCCCGACCAUACUCAGAAUCCCCCAAACGACACCAGUCGGACAAGCCCCCCGCCGCGCCUUUCCCAGACAGUGCCCCCGGAGGAGCGCUAUCAGACGCUCCCCGUUCAAGGCUCUGAUCAACUGCAUUCCACCCCGGACCCCAGGCACGGAUCUACCCCUGCAGGGCCUGGCCACGUGUUGGGCCAUGAGCUAAGAAAUGAGUCCUUCCCUGCGGACCCUGGUCAAAUGUUCCCUUCCUUGGAACUUGCAGUCCGGAAGACAACCAUCUCCCCAGACCUCAGUCAGGAGGCUCCCCCGUCCCCAGACCACAGCCAGAGGCCCCUCUCCCCAGACGGGACUCAAGAGGCUCCCCCAACCCCAGACCUUGGCCAGAGGCCCCUCUCCCCAGACGGGACUCAAGAGGCUCCCCCAACCCCAGACCUCGGCCAGAGGCCCCUCUCCCCAGACAGCACCCAGGAGACGCCCCCAUCCCCAGACCUCGGCCAGAGGCCCCUCUCCCCAGACAGCACCCAGGAGGCUCCCCCGUCCCCAGACCUCGGCCAGAGGCCCCUCUCCCCAGAUGGCACCCAGGAGGCUCCCCUGUCCCCAGACCUUGGCCAGAGGCCCCUCUCCCCAGAUGGCACCCAGGAGAUGCCCCUGUCCCCAGACCUCGGCCAGAGGCCCCUCUCCCCAGAUGUCACACAGGAGAUGCCCCUGUCCCCAGACCGCGGCCAGAGGCCCCUCUCCCCAGAUGACACCCAAGAGGCUCCCCCAUCUCCAGACCGCGGCCAGAGGCCCCUCUCCCCAGAUGUCACACAGGAGAUGCCCCUGUCCCCAGACCACGGCCAGAGGCCCCUCUCCCCAGAUGACACCCAAGAGGCUCCCCCAUCCCCAGACCUCGGCCAGAGGCCCCUCUCCCCAGACGGCACCCAGGACACGCCCCCAUCCUCAGACCUUGGCCAGAGGCCCCUCUCCCCAGAUAGCACCCAAGAGGCUCCCCCAACCCCAGACCUUGGCCAGAGGCCCCUCUCCCCAGAAGUCAGUCGGACAACCCCUCCUCCUGAUCUCAGGCAGACAUCACCUCCUCCAGACCUUGACCGGACACCCUUCGCCGCUGAAUCUAAUCACUCAGUGCCUCCUCCAGAAUUCGGUCCGACCUUCCCUUACGCAGACGGUGGUCAGAGGCUGUUAAAUGACACCCUUAUACUGAGGGACUUCAAUCCCCCAGUUGUAGUUGGCCUCAGUGGAAAUGAUGGGGACUACAUCGAGAUCAUUCCGAGUCCCAAGGAGGAGCCCCGUGAAGAAUACUCUUUCGAAGUCGAUUACGUGGCCUACGACAACCCCUACCAGACCGACAUCAGGACGGACAUCAGCUUGUCCAGAAACCCGGACAGCAUCGCGGCCUGGUACCUCCGCAGCAACAGCGGGAACAGAAAAUACUACUACCUCGCUGCCGAAGAGGUAUCCUGGGAUUAUGCAAAACUUGCAAAAAGUGAAAUGGAUAAUGAAGACCAUUAUGACAUUCCGGAGGACACCAUCUACAAGAAAGUCGUGUUUCGAAAGUACCUCGACAGCACUUUUUCCACACGUGACCCUCGGGGGGAGUGUGAGGAGCACCUGGGCAUCCUGGGUCCUGUCAUCAGAGCGGAAGUGGGUGAUGUCAUCCAAGUUCGUUUCAAAAAUUUAGCAUCCAGACCAUAUUCUCUUCAUGCCCACGGGCUUUUCUAUGAAAAAUCAUCAGAGGGAAAGACAUACGAAGACGAGUCUCCCGAGUGGUUCCAGGAAGACAACGCCAUUCAGCCAAACAGCAGCUACACGUACGUGUGGCACGCCACCGAGCGGGCAGGGCCCGAGAGCCCUGGCUCCGCCUGCCGGGCCUGGGCCUACUACUCGGCCGUGAACCCGGAGAAGGACACCCACUCGGGCCUGGUAGGCCCCCUCCUCAUCUGCCAGAAAGGGACGCUCCACGCGGAGAGCAGCACGCCUGUGGACAUGAGGGAGUUCGUCUUACUUUUCAUGGUUUUUGAUGAAAAGAAGAGCUGGUACUACCAAAGGAAGCACCAGUCUCCUAGGCUUUGGACGCCUGCAUCCUCAGAAACGAAGAAUGCACACAAGUUUCCUGCCAUUAAUGGGAUGAUCUACAGCCUGCCCGGCCUGAGCAUGUACGGGCAGGAGUGGGUGAGGCUGCACCUGCUGAACGUGGGCGGCCCCCGGGACAUGCACGUGGUGCGCUUCCAUGGCCAGACCCUGCUGGAGAACGGCACACAGCAGCACCAGCUCGGGGUCUGGCCGCUUCUGCCUGGUACAUUUAAAACUCUGGAAAUGAAGGCGUCCAAACCUGGUUGGUGGCUCCUAGACUCAGAGGUCGGAGAAAGCCAGCAAGCAGGGAUGCAGACUCCAUUUCUCAUCGUAGACAGAGAAUGCAAGAUGCCAAUGGGACUAAGCACUGGUGUCAUCGCUGAUGCACAGAUCAAGGCUUCUGAGCACAUGCGUUAUUGGGAGCCGCAUUUAGCAAGAUUAAACAACGGUGGAUCAUAUAAUGCUUGGAUCACAGAAAAAGUCCCAACAGAAUUCAGCUCUAAACCUUGGAUACAGGUGGACAUGCAAAGGGAAGUCGUAGUCACAGGGAUACAGACCCAAGGUGCCAAGCACUACCUGAAGUCCUACUACACCACCGAGUUCUCCGUCGCCUACAGCUCCGACCAGACAAACUGGCACAUCUUCAAAGGGAGCAGCUCCAGGAACGUGAUGUAUUUCGACGGCAAUUCGGAUGCCUCCACAGUAAAAGAGAACCAGUUUGACCCACCUGUCGUGGCUAGGUACAUCAGGAUCUCUCCGACUCAGUUCUAUAACAAACCCGCGCUUCGCCUGGAGCUGCUAGGCUGCGAGGUCAACGGAUGCUCCACACCACUUGGUAUGGAAAGUGGGAAGAUAGAAAACAAGCAAAUCUCGGCUUCCUCAUUUAGAAAGUCUUGGUGGGGAGAUUACUGGGAACCCUUCCGUGCCCGUCUUAACGCCCAGGGACGCGUGAACGCCUGGCAAGCCAAGUCAAACAACAACAAGCAAUGGUUACAGAUCGAUCUGCUCAAAAUCAAGAAGGUAACUGCGAUCGUAACUCAGGGCUGCAAGUCUCUAUCCUCUGAGAUGUACGUGAAGAGCUUCGCCAUCCACUACAGCGACCAAGGGGUGGAAUGGAAGCCCUACAGGGAGAGGCCCUCCAUGAUGGACAAGAUUUUCGAAGGAAAUGAUAACACCAAAGGACAUGUGAAGAACUUUUUCAACCCGCCGAUUAUUUCCAGGUUUAUCCGCAUCAUUCCUAAAACAUGGAAUCAAAGUAUAGCACUUCGCCUGGAACUCUUUGGCUGUGAUAUUUACUAAAACUGAAUAUUCAAGGAGACAGGAGGGACUCUUAAAGAUAUCAAACCAUUUAGACUGGGCAAUGUACUUUAUAGCUAUUUUCAGAAUUAAUAAUUUUCUGCUAUUUCCCUUUUGUUCGAUUAGAGAAUAGAAUUUUUAUACAAGACUUUCAUAAUAUAACUAACUCCUUGCUGUGAUUAAGGUGGCUAUUAUUUCUGCAUUAAUUCAAAUAUAUAUGGGAAACUAUCAGGAACCAAUAAGAAAAUGGCUAAUGUUGCACAGUUAUUAAAAAUGCUAUAUAAGGUAAUAUUCCUGUAGUUAAUAUGCUUUGUUACAAUAUUUUAAACCCCAUACACAUCAAUAAAAGAGAGAAUACUUUUU